CUGUGCUGGAGUAAAGAGAGCUCGGACGUCGUCCGCUGCCGCAACAGCUUGGAUACUAUUUUGAUUGUGUAUACCACCCGGAUACCUACCUCACUUCCCCCACCCGGAUACCACACGUGGACUUCUUAUUAACAUACAUGAGCCAUGGCCGACACAGCCCUCGACCUGAGUAAACCAUCCCUACCGCCGCCCACGGAGCGCGUGGCCCCUCUUCCCCCAUCCCUGCCGUCUCUGCCCCCCGACAUCAGCAGCGACUCCGGCAGGGCGUCCACGUCCUCCACCAGCUCAAAUGACGAGCUUCGCCAGCCUGCACCCGACCCCGAGACCCGGGGCCGAGACAGUCCCCUGGAUGUGAAACCCCCGCUUCUAUCCCCGUCUCCGUCGAUGGACAGUGUGUCUGAGGACGACGACCAUGACAAGUCAGACAGAGUUGCUCCAAUCCGGCCGUUCAAGAUGUACCCGAUGGACGCCUACUCCGGUAGCCCGAUGGCCGGCAUGUCCGGGAUGGGCGGCCUCAGCCCGACUACAGCUGCCGCGGCCGGCCUCAGUCCAUCACUCGGAAUGCCGCCCAUGAUAGACCCGGCAUCUGUGUCGCCCUUUGCCAUGACCCCCAUGACGUCCCACUUAUUACAACGAAAACGACGGGCAGAGAACCGCAUACAAAUCACGGAAGACGCGAAGAAAACGAUACCUGUCCCGGAAGAACGGAAAGAUGAUGCAUACUGGGAACGGCGGCGGAAGAACAACGAGGCUGCAAAGCGGUCAAGAGAUGCACGGCGGAUGAAGGAAGAGGAAAUUGCAAUGAGAGCAGCCUAUCUGGAACAGGAAAAUCUCAAACUGAGAGCACAGGUUGCCAUCUUAAAGAACGAGACUGCCAAGUUGCACUACAUGUUAUAUAACAGAAUGUGAUGUGGGAAACUAUAGACUUCCUCAA